CCCCGGACUCACAACUCCGAUGUGGGUUCCUAAUCGUUCCGCUAUCGCGACAAUUUUCGAGCCUCAGGCGACUUUCUUUUCUUCAACACCAUCAAUAGGAAGCAUCUUAUCGCCUCGAUCGCAAACUUCGAUCUACGGCCUUGAGAACCCCUCUAGUAUACGGGAUCCUGCUGCAGCAUUUUAUCUUCUAUAGGUCCGAAGCUGCAAACAUGGCGCAUCGCAUCAUAACCCAGAUCGUCGUAGUAGGCAGUCGAGUACUCGGUCGCGCCUUUGCCGAAGCUUACAAGCAGGCACAAGCAUCCUCCAACUAUGCUCGAGCGCAGGCUAAGCUGAAUCCGAAUGGAGUGUCGGCUCGGGCGAGUCUCUCGAGUGGCAUGACUCUAGAUGAGGCGUGCAAGAUCCUAAACGUCAAGCCGCCGCAAGGAGGACAAGCGAACAUGGAAGAGGUCAUGUCGCGAUUCAAGAAGCUCUUCGAUGCAAACGAUCCGCAGAAGGGAGGAAGCUUCUACCUACAGAGCAAAGUCUUAAGAGCAAGGGAACGUAUAGAAUCCGAGGUUAGACCGGCGAUGGAGAAAGCUGCGCAAGAAGCGGAGAUAAAAGAGGGAUGGAAGCCCAAGAUGUAUAAGGACCGGUAGUGAAUUCGGAGUGGAAAAAGAAUAGGAGUUUGACCCGGGGGGCCGGGGCGGGUUUAGUGUCGUUGGGAAUGGGACACAUACUAUACGCAACAACCAUUUACGAAAGCAUCUUCACUCGACUGUAGCAUAGCCUGGCGUUAUCAUUUGGGACUUUUGACGCAUUCAUGGACCGGUUCGUUCCUAGUCGGAGUUAGACGAGAGACGACGCUGCAUGUACUACUGUAAUUAUUGUACAUUAUAUGUCAAAAAGGGGCGACGAGAUAUAGCGGUUCUUUGUGUGUUGCAUAGGAGCCGGACGGGUCCCUUUAGGACGAGUCUAUAAGGAUCACAUAUUGAAAUAACUCAAAGUUGUGUUGCACUGCGAAU